CCGAUGGAGCUGAUACCAGAGAUGCCUCAACAAUGGGAGGCAAGAGAUGAAGGAGAGGGGCUUGGUAUUUUCACCGAUCAAACUAUGCAGAUGGAACCAAAUUACUCCGAUUCUCUUGCUACGGCUAUGCUUCCGAUGCCAGAUACUUCUGAAGCAGAUUGGUGGUAUGAGUUCUAUAGUAUGUUAAGCUCUAAUCAGGGGGAGCAUGCUGAAGCGCCCUAUACUGAGGCUGCACAAACUAUGGACAAUAUGGUACCUCAAGUCCCAUACGCUAUGCCAGCACAUAACAUAUCAUCUGUGGCGCCAGCCUUUAGUCCUGAGAGAUCGCAAGAGCAAUGCCCUUUCGAUCAAACUGUGCAGAUGGAACCAAGUCCCCGUGCCCAUAAAAAGAUUAAGCUUUCGGUGCCAGAACCUUCGGAAGCAGGUUGUUCCAUUGACUCCAGCUCAGAGAUGCUGCAAACUGAUCAAUAUCUCGCGAUUUCCGAUCUUCCUCUUGGCAUGACAUUAAGAAGGUGAUGACUUUGAGAAAGAUCAUAAUUCGUUAGCUAUUAUAAAGUUUAUGUAGGCUAUAUAUGCCAUGAAUAAAGACAAGUGAAUUUCUUUUACUUAAUUUACAGAAACAAUAUAUUGAUGGUACUUGUAUUCAAGUCCAUUGUUAGGUUUAUAUAAAAGAUCGUAUUCUUCCUUGGUU